AUGGCAUGUCCACAUGUAUCAGGUGCAGCAGGAUACAUCAAAUCCUUCCGCCGUAGUUGGUCUCCUGCUGCUAUCCGAUCAGCUUUGAUGACAACAGCCAAACUAAUGAGUGCUAUAAAUAAUCAUGAUGCCGAAUUUGCUUACGGAGCCGGUCAAAUUGACCCGGUGAAGGCUUUAAAUCCCGGGUUAAUAUAUGAUGCUGAAAAAAUGGAUUACAUAAGAUUCUUAUGUACACUGGGCUACAAUAAAUCCGUUUUAACAAAAAUCACUGGAAAUUCAGAUAGUUAUUACAAUGUAUCAUAUACAUCAGCACGAGAUUUAAAUUAUCCGUCCUUUGCUUUAAAAGCAUUAAAUCCGCAUCACAUAAGAGGGACCUUCAAACGAACCGUAACAAAUAUUGGAUCACCAUCCUCCACAUAUAGAGCAUUUCUCACAUUUCCUGAUGGACUCAACAUCUCAGUGAAGCCUGAUGUUUUGUCUUUCAGUUCAUUAGGGGAAAGGCAGACAUACAUUCUUACAAUAGAUGGAUCCAUAAAAGAGCCUAUUAGAUCUGCUUCUUUAAUUUGGGAUGAUGGUGAAUAUCAAGUGAGAAGUCCUAUUGUCGUAUAUGAUGAACGAGCGGAGAAAGAUAGAAAAGCACCAGAUUUUAAUGUUUGGGCUGUUGUCAUUUUUGCUGUUGUUUUUGUUAUUAUAUUGAUUUUGAUUUUGAUUUUAGUUAAGUACAAACUUUUUACCUUGAAUAUAUAA